UGUCACAGGUGACUUACACUUUUUAUUAAAACUGUUAGGUUAAGGAUGAACGUCAAAUAAAACUUAAUUUGUGUUUUCUACGUAUGCAGGAUACAAGAAAAAAGGUCUCAUUAAAUUCAUAUACAUAAUUGUAGAGGAUAAAAUCGGUUUUGAAAAAAGGAAACAAGAAUGGCUAUUUUCAGUCCAUUUGUCUAUUGGGCACAAGAUGAAAAAAGUAUAUUUUUGAAGAUUGAUUUGAAGGAUGUUAAAGAUCCAGACAUAUCAGUAGAAGAAAAACAGAUAUAUUUCCAAUCCAAAGGCACUGGGGCACAGGGAUUGACAAACUAUGAAUUUCUUAUUGAUCUUCACUCGGAAUUGAACACAAAUAGUAAAAAUGUAAAAAUCACAGACCAUAAGAUUGAUAUAACUCUAACUAAAGAACAGAAGGGUUUUUGGCCCCGUUUAACAUCAAGACCACAAAAACCUGCCUGGUUGAAAAUUGAUUUCGAUAAAUGGAAGUCUGAAGAUGAUCUUCUAGAAGAAAAAGUUGGCAACGUUUUGAAAGAUUAUCCUGAUUUAUAUGACCAGUUGCAAAAGGAGGAACUGGGGUAUAGAAAAGAGGAUUUCAAGAAAGUCUACCUCACCUUCUAUAAUCUCUUCAUGUUCAUAGGCUUCAUGUACAUUACGUGCGUUCUUUGUUUGAAGUACACGCGUGAUGGACCUGAUUUUUUCCCAGUAGUAUACGAACAUGUUGGUCGAGUAGUGUGCGUCAUGCAACUUCUACAGUGUCUAGAAAUCCUGCACCCUCUUUUCGGGUAUGUUAAGGGAGGUAUGUUCCUGCCCUUUGUUCAGAUUGUAGGAGGACUGUUCGUAUUAUUUUUAAAUGUGGAGAAGGAGCCCAGGAUACAGAAAAUGCCAGUAGUGUUUUAUCUGUUUCUCUCGUGGUCUGCUAUUGAAAUUAUUAGAUAUCCGUACUACAUGACCCAACUCUACAAAAAAGAAAACAAAUUGCUGACGUGGAUUAGGUAUAGCGCUUGGAUAAUACUAUAUCCGGUUGGAUUCAUUUGUGAAGGAGUGAUACUAUUUAGAAAUUUGAUAUUCGUAGAUCAGAGUGGAAAGUGGUCAAUCUCUUUACCGAAUUCCCUGAACUUCACAUUCCAUUAUUCCACAUUCCUCAGGAUUUAUUUGCUUUUUGUGAUGAUCCCCGGAAUGUUCACCCUGAUUAGGCAUAUGCACAAGAUCAGACAACAGAAACUCGGAAGCAAAAACAAGAAAAGUAAAUCCAAGAGAUUAUAGUUACCCCAAUAUCUGGGUUCUUAGUGGCAGUUAUUAUGUGUUCCAUAGAUAAAUUUUAUAGACUUAUUCAUUAUGUUAUUAUUUGAAAGAUUUUAUAUUAGAAUUUGGUUUCAAUCAGAAACUUGGGGAAAAAUGUUCGUUUUUUGGGCUAAACUACUUAAAAAAAAAUUUAAUUGGU